CUUACUAUUUCUUUUUAUAGGUUAAGUGACCAGUUAUUAAAAAAUUAGUCGUUUUCAAAAAUUUGUAUUCAAUCGAAGGCAUCAUGAACAGUUGAACGACGUCUUCUAAUUUACUUUUAAAGUCAAAGUUUUAUGUUGACCAAACUCCCAAAGUUUAAUUGUCAAAUUCGCCCAGGAAGUGAAUUACCUAACCUUAAUUAGGCCGGUAAGGAAAUGGCGAUGUUUGGAACAACUCGCCGAAUUUUAGUCGAGACCAAGAAUUUAACCAAAGACCCACCUCCCGGAAUUAGCGCGAUACCCGAUGAAAGUAACUGUAGAUAUUUCCACGUCGUAAUGGCCGGCCCUAAGGGAUCGCCCUACGAGGGUGGGCUCUUUAAACUCGAAAUGUUUCUGCCCGAAAAUUACCCGCUUAGCCCACCGUCCGUUAGAUUUUUGACUAAAAUCUAUCACCCAAAUAUUGACAAGCUGGGACGUAUUUGUUUGGAUAUUUUAAAGGAUCAGUGGAGUCCCGCGUUGCAAAUGCGUACAGUGCUGCUCUCCAUACAGGCACUUUUGAGUUCACCAAAUCCGGACGAUCCUUUAGCUAACGAUGUGGCGAUUAUGUGGAAAGAGAAUCAGUCUUUAGCCACAUCCGUAGCUGGGGAAUGGACUCGGCAAUAUGCUGUAAUUGAUGAUUAGUAAUCACAGUUAGUAGUAAUGUGCUGAUUGUCGUAACAGGGUAAAUUACGAAUGUUAUUGAGCUUUGUGCUGUUCUUAUAAAGUUGAUUGAAAAACAAGAUUUUGUAUAGCAAUAUUAGUGUAGCAACUUUUUACAUUUUAAUACAAAUUGAGUCAAGUA